AAAAAAAUGAAGAAUAAAUGAAUGAAGGUGACGAUACACGUUCUUAAUUCAAACACGGCGUUACAGUUAGGUGUGUGUGUUGAUGGGAAAACCCUGUGGGAACUUUUCAACAUUCUGGUUUUGUAGGACAUGCUAAUGCUAUUGCUACCUCGCAAACUUCUCCUCAUACCCCCAACCAUGCUCCUUCCAUUUUCGCGUUAGUUGUGUUGUGUUGCAUAUCACGUGACAUAUCAUCCUUAGGGAGAACCUGCAGAAAAUUGUAAACAGAAAUCACCUCAGGGUUUUGUGAAGAAAAAAAAUAAAACAGUAUUUUUUAUUUUAAUUGAGAAAGACGAGAGAGAUGUUGAAGAGUCCCAGAAAGUUAGUUACGCCCUUUACUAAAUGGGUUUCUGAUAGUAGUAAUUGGCGUCUAACUGGGUUGAUAAUCCCUCUGGUUUUGUUCCUCAUUUUUUUCUCAAUCCAUUCAUCCACCUUGAACGGUUUCGCAGCCUUUUACCCAGUUCAGCAGUUAAUUUCGAACCUCCCUUUUCAGAAGGCCAAAAACGACGACGCUUGGAAGAAUGAGGUGUUGCGGUCGCGAAUUGCGGUGUGUUUGGUGGGUGGUGCUAGGAGGUUCGAACUCACCGGACCCUCCAUAAUAGACAUGAUACUCAAACAAUACCCAAAUUCGGAUCUUUUUCUGCAUAGCCCAUUAGACUCAGAUUCCUUCAAGUUCUCGCUCUUGAAGUCUGCCCCAAGGGUCGCCGCCGUUAAAAUCUUCUACCCCAAACCGUUGCCGGAGAACGAGUCGUAUGUCCGAGUCCUCACCGCACAUAACUCGCCCAACGGAAUCCAGGGACUUCUUCAGUACUUCAACCUAGUGGAGGGAUGCUUAACGAUGAUAAAAUCACACCAAGAGAAGAACAAGUUCACGUACGAUUGGAUAAUCCGAACACGCGUAGACGGUUACUGGAACGCGCCGUUAGGCCCAGACAACUUCGUCCCAGGAAAGUACCUGGUCCCACCGGGCUCCUCGUACGGAGGACUUAACGACCGUCUAGGAAUCGGCGACCUCAGAAUCUCGACGGUGGCACUCUCGCGUCUCUCUCUCGUUCCGCACCUGGACUCCGCAGGCUACACUAACCUCAACUCCGAGGCAGCCUUCAAGGCCCAACUCACAAUCCUAAACGUCACCCACGUCAUGAAACGACUCCCCUUCUGCGUGGUUUCGGAGCGGAGGUACGACUUUCCGCCGUCGCGGUUCGGCGUGCCGGUGGCGGCGGUGUCGAGCCCGGGACCGCUGAGCGGGGCGAAGUGCAGGCCGUGCAAGGCGGCGUGCUCGGGGCUGUGCGUGGAGAACGUGAUGGAGAACAUGGAGAGGGAGUGGAGUUGGACGGAUUGGGAGAAGGGUGCGCUUGAGCUUUGCGACGCUCACGGUGGGUGGGAGAAGGGUUGGGAGAAGAUUUUUGACCGCGUGGCUGGGAACAAGUAUGCCGCUGCUAGGAAGCGAAUUGAGUCUAUGAAAAUGGGGGCUUGCCUUAGGGAUUUGGUUCAGCUCAAGAAACGGAGCGCCCAUUGGAGUGCGCCUCCCCUCGACCACAUUUGUACAUUGGCUAUGACUAGCCCUUGACUGCCUUUUCUUUCUCUCUAUCUUCUAUCUUCUAUCUUCUAUCUUCUGUACCUAGUCUCCCCAACAUACAGUACAGUCAUCACACUGUUUUCUUAGGCAAAAUAUCAAUUCUUUUUUUACAUUUA